AAAUCCUCGUCCCAGCUGAUGGAAGUGACGUAUAUUGUUGACGCUAGGGGUUGCUGGGAGAGUUUUAGCCGGACGCCAUUUUGCUUCUGAAAAAGAAGACAGCAGCAGAGAUUGUGGAGAUAAAACCACUAUAUACAAUUCAAGGCAGAAUGGCAAGUCCAGGGAAAGACAACUACAGAAUGAAAAACUACAAGAACAAAGCAUUAAAUCCACAGGAGAUGCGUAGAAGAAGAGAAGAAGAAGGAAUCCAGCUCCGCAAACAGAAAAGAGAGGAGCAGUUGUUCAAGAGAAGAAAUGUAUGUGUACCUUCACACGAUGAAUCAAUGCUGGAAUGUCCAAUUCAGGAUCCAGACAUCAGCUCCACGGUUCCUGUUGCAGGAGAUGGGGUAAUAACUCCAGAUAUGGUUCAGAUGAUCUUCUCUGAAGACCCAGAUCAACAACUCAUUGCAACACAGAAAUUCAGGAAAUUAUUAUCCAAAGAGCCGAAUCCACCAAUAGACGAGGUCAUUUCCACUCCAGGUGUCGUAAAUCGUUUUGUUGAAUUCCUACGGAGGUGUGAAAACUGCACUCUGCAGUUUGAGGCAGCAUGGGCCCUGACCAACAUCGCAUCUGGUACCUUCCUUCAUACUAAAGUGGUGAUUGAAACAGGAGCAGUUCCUAUUUUCAUUGAACUACUCAACUCAGAGCACGAGGAUGUUCAGGACCAGGCUGUCUGGGCACUGGGGAAUAUAGCAGGUGAUAAUGCAGAAUGCAGAGACUACGUGUUGAACUGUGGCAUCCUCCCAUCCUUGCAGCAACUGCUGGCUAAAUCCAAUCGUCUCCCAACAACCCGCAAUGCAGUAUGGGCCCUGUCUAACCUGUGCAGAGGAAAGAACCCACCGCCCGAUUUUGCCAAGGUGUCUCCCUGCCUCAGUGUGCUCUCCAGGCUUCUGUUCAGCAGUGAUCCUGACGUGCUGGCCGAUGCCUGCUGGGCUCUGUCCUACCUUUCUGACGGCCCCAAUGAAAAGAUCCAGAUAGUCAUCGACUCUGGGGUGUGCCGCAGACUGGUGGAGCUGCUCAUGCACAGUGACUAUAAGGUGGUUUCUCCUGCUCUUCGUGCAGUUGGCAACAUUGUAACUGGAGAUGAUAUCCAGACUCAGGUAAUCUUGAACUGCUCAGCACUGCCGUGUUUACUUCACCUCCUCAGCAGCCCCAAGGAGUCCAUUAAGAAGGAGGCAUGCUGGACUGUGUCCAAUAUCACAGCAGGAAAUAGAGCUCAGAUUCAGAAUGUGAUUGAUGCAAACAUUUUCCCGGCCCUUAUUGAGAUCCUUCAGAAGGCAGAGUUUCGCACCAGGAAGGAGGCAGCGUGGGCCAUCACUAAUGCCACCUCUGGCGGCACUCCAGCACAAAUCAGGUAUCUGGUGUCUCAGAAUGCUAUCAAACCCAUGUGUGACUUGCUGACAGUGAUGGACUCAAAGAUUGUGCAAGUGUCUCUGAACGGCCUUGAGAACAUCCUCAGACUGGGAGAACAGGAAGCCAAACAGAACGGAUCAGGCAUCAACCCGUACUGUGCUCUAAUCGAGGAGGCGUAUGGCCUGGACAAAAUAGAAUUCUUGCAGAGCCACGAGAACCAGGAAAUCUACCAGAAGGCCUUUGACCUGAUUGAACGUUACUUUGGUGUGGAGGAGGAAGACGCCAGCCUGGCUCCACAGGUGGACCAGAAUCAGGGCCAGUUUGUCUUCCAGCAACAGGAAGGGCCUAUGGAAGGCUUCCAGCUUUAACUCUGCCUCACCUUCAAUGACAGCAUCUUCUAUCUAGGCUCUGGGCUAUAGGCCUGUGAACUCUCCUGGACCAGCUCCUCCAGACACCUCCACUCUGACUAUGCCUUCAGUACUACGCAUAUUCUGUAGAGGACAGACGUCUGCGGACUCAGGAGUUGAAAGAUGACGACUGGUUUGGGUCCUUGAUACUGUUGGAGAUUGUGGGAUACCUGAAUGAACUCGGCUCAGCUGGUUUUUCAACCCACAAUGAUGAGACAUCUCUGUGAUGGAAAGUCAAAUCAUAUCAAAGAUGUUUUUUCCCUUUACUGCUUCAGUAUGGUGUUUCUUUGACUUUCAGUGUUUUUUUAAGUCAAUUCUAAACUAAUUUAACAUUUUUGUUAACUUUAGAAUUUGCUGGCUCCAAAUCAGCAUCCAUAUCCUCUAUGAAUGUAAAUCUACCUCUUUAGUUUUUAGAAAGAAGAGGCAGGGGAGCGGCAUAUCGCAUCAGAGGGAUUUCUUUUUUUUUUUUUUCCUCUUUUGCCAGACCUUGCGGCUGACCUGUCAGCAGGCUGUAGGGAGGUCGUUGAUGUGACUACAGUAUCACUGUAAUCAUUACGUCUGGGUGUUGCCAUACUAAAAGUCUGACGCAGCUACAUUUGCUCUCUGGGUUCUUUCUCCUUCCCUGACUCUUUAAAAGAACCUCUAAAACAUUGACAAUUUUUAAAAUGGAUUAACCUACUGUGAUCGGUAGAGAAUCUUCUUCUCAUGGUAACGCUUAGAGGAUGAUGUAACUGCCCUGCAGUCUGAAAUCACUAACAGUGUUUGGCUGUGCAUGAGUGUUUUUGCUGCUCAUUUUAAAGUGUCUUUAUUUCAGAGAGAGUUCAGCGGCAUUAGAGGAGCUGUGUGUGUUACAUGGUGCAGUCCUAAGGGUUUAUUAAAACAUUUAUUUCAGUUAACUGUUAAAUUAUUUUUUCUGCCUGCAUGAAAUGAAAUUAGUUGAGCAAAUCAGAUGGUUUUGUAUAUUAUAUAUACACAGACACAUGUAAGAAGUGGCUGCAGGAACUCGUGAUAAUAUGCAAUUAUUUUUUUGGUUUCCUUUGUUUUUAUGCGGUUUUCAAUCACUGCUUUUCCUGAAGAGUUUGAUCUUGAAGUUUGUCUCAGCCUUUAUGCAUAAUGAUUUUUUUCAUGGUCUCAUGGUCUUUUGUGUUUGGAAUGAAAGCACAGUGUUUGUUCUUAUUUUUCCAGUUCUGGACAAGGAGAACACCAUGAUUACACGUUUUUCUUUCUGCAAACAAGCAUACGCGAGUGCAGCAAUGUGAAUUUGUGCAGAGCAGUACAUAAAAUGUAUCUAUAUUUAUGUGAGAUGAAAAACAUUUGUAAUGCAGAAAAUUACAUCCAGCACAUUGGUUUGUGUAUAGUUUUCUAAUAUGUCUGGUUUGUAUGAUUGUAUCUUUUUUUCUUUUUCUUUUUUUUAGGUUUUUGUAGCAUUUUUCAUUUGUGGCUUGUCGUGGCUCCCGGUAAAAAAAAAUAAUGAUGAUUUCCAGCCUGUGUACAGCAGCGUGUUUCUGUUUGCAGCCACAGCCUGUUCUUUCAAACACUGACUGGAGGACAAGUGUCACAGUGAACUUUUGAGCUUUUCUGUGCAGGGUUGCACAUUAACAAAAUGUACAAGAAAUAACAUGAUUAAUAAACUGAUCUGUUGGCUGUAAACCUUA